AUGGUGAACACCAGAGCCAAAUUUAAGAAGUCUGGAUCAUUGAUCGGUUCCAACGACGAUAUUUUAACUGAAAUCCUUCGUCGUCUCCCUGCCAAGGCCAUCCUUCGUUUCAAAUCCGUUUCCAAACAUUGGCUAUCCCUUUUGAGUCACUCUCAUUUCACUUCUCUGUAUAGCAAACGUGUGAUCUCUCCUGGUCUUUUUGUUCGCGAUUUCUAUGUUCCAUUUGAUGCUGAAAAGCAAAAAUUUCCACCUUUUCGUAGUCUAGAUUUUUAUCCUGAUCUUUGUGGCAUCAAAAUUGUGCAAUCUUGCAAUGGGUUAUUUCUUUGUUGUAGUGCUAAAGGAAAUGAACGUUCACGUAAAUACUACGUAUUUAACCCCACAACGAAGCAGUUUGCGGUCAUACCAUCUGUCCCUGGAGGUCAAGAUGUCCGUAAAACUAUAUGUUUUACGGGUCUAGGAUAUCAUCAAAGAAAGUGUGUUCAUUUCAAAGUUGUUUGUAUACGUAAUGUAAUGCCUAAUGGAGAGCUUUUUCAGAUUCAAGUUUAUUCGUCUAAUUUGGGGAAAUGGAAGAUCAUAAAUGAAUCGUUCAAUGCACCUUAUUAUACACCUUACAGGUAUGCAGUAUAUUGGAAUGGGGCGAUUCACUGGGCGCCCUCUUAUCUUAAUCCGUCUUACUUCAAUCUGGACAAAGAAAAGCUGCAAACAUUGCCAUUGCCAGAGGAGGUGACACAAUACAAAGAUUAUCGAGAUGGAUCAAUGCCUCUUUAUUUUGGGGAGUCUCGAGGCCAUCUGCAUUUGGUGGAGAAUGCCCCCGGUGACAAAAGUUUACACCUGAAUGUGUAUGAGAUGUUGAGUGAUCAUUCGGGGUGGUUUGUCAAGUACCAAGUGGACUUUCAUGAGCUCCCCACCACUUACCCUGAGAUGAUCCAGAACCAAGAAAAUCCAUCAAGCCCCCAUUAUUACAAAUUUGAAGUUUUCGAUGUCGUAAGAGGUGAAAAAGAACAAGACUCUUUCAUGGUGGUUAGAAUUGCUGGGAAGAUCAUAAGGUACAAUAUUACUGACAAGAGUUUCAAGCAAAUAUACAAUUUGGACAAUAUCUUCUGUGGAAAAAUUGGAUCCUUCAUGGUUCAUCGAUAUACUGAAUCCUUAACUUCAUUCUAA